AUGUUGUCGAAUGUUAGUUCAUCAUCAUUAGAUUUAAGUACAACUUGUAUUUGUCAUUUAUUUAAUGGUGAAUCGAUUUUUAAAUUCAAAGUUGGCAAUGAUACUACGUUAGCACAAUUUAAGAUUCUAGUGGUACAGAAUGCACAGAGUUCACUCGGUGUAAAGCUGAUAGAGUCGCAAUUGAUACUCUCAUUGACACCGCAAUUCGACCAACCCAAUCUCAUAAAGUCAGUGGCAUGGACCAAACUACUCUCGCUCGACCAAAUCCGAAAGAAUUCCUUCCAAUUCAAAAAACAAAGUUCAGCAGGUUCACUACUCUUUGAAAUUCACUUUUACAUUGCAACAUCAUCGACACCCUAUCAAAAUAAUACGCAACAACAACAACAACCAACACUUAACAAUGAAAAUAGUUUCAACAACAACCCCUAUAGUAAUAGUAAUAGUAACCUUUCUACCAAUGUAAAUAACAACAACAACAACAACAACAACAACAAUAGUAGUAAUAGUAAUGGUAAUGGAUAUAAUAAUAAUAGAAGAGCAACUAUAACACCUACGAAACAACCGAUUUCAUCGCAUUCACAAAUAACCAAUUAUGUACCACUCACGAAUGAUCUUAGCUCGAAAGAUCCACACGCACCCAGACCGAAACCAGUGUUUAGAAAGUCGAAAUCGGAUUUGAUGGAAUCAUUCAAAGCCUAUCAAUCUAAUAGAGUUAGUGGUGUCGGUGUUUCAACUGCACCUGCAUUACCAUAUCAGCUAUAUAAAGAUAAGCAAAAUCAGCAACAACAACAGCAACAGCAACAACAAUUAAAAUAUCAACCAACACAAAUACAACAACAUACAUAUCAACCACCACCACCACAACAACAAUAUCAACCAUUUCCAACAGAUGAUUUCAAUAUACCUAAUGGUAAUAGCAAUAAUCCAAACGAACAAACACCAUUUCAACUACCACCAUUACAACCUAGCAUUAGUACGGUUGAUCGAACCAAACAGGAAUUUAGAGUGGCGUUCAAUUCAUAUAGUCCUGCUAAAUCCACUUAUACUUCGAGUUCUAGUUCUACUUUAGGUACCAAUAAUACUACAACUACAACAACGUCAAAGAAUGGUAAUAAUGUUGUUACUGCUUCUCAUGGAAAUUUAGGUGGUACUUUAGAUUUUAGAGCGACAAAUACAACGACAGCAUCAACAACAACACCGUCAACUUCUGAUAUAUCUACUGCACCAUUGGUGUCGGUUACGCCACCCACUGGAAAGUUAGCAUACAGGGAUACUUCGAAUUUCGAUCAAAAGUUGGAUUAUCUCAAUAGAGUCAGUGAUUUAAAGUCUGGAAACUACACAAAUUACAUAGAUACCAAGCUGCUUGAUCAAAUGGUUGAACAAAUCCCGAAUAUAAAUGCACAAAAGAAACGAUCGUCAUCGUUCACCUCUACAUCAAUGUUGAAUCUUGGACAAUAUAUGGAUUUAGGUGAUGGACAACAACAACAAUCAUCAUCACAACUAUAUAAUAUCAAUGAUAAUUAUUUGACUGUUGUGCAAUCACCAGCAAUGUCUUCAUUGACACCAAACUAUAGAGGUGGUGCGAAUGGUAAUAAUGCCGAGUUUGUCCCAUCGUUUACAUCAUUCAAACGACAAUCACUGUUGGAACCAAUCAUCCAUCAAGGUGAGCUGUACAAGAAGAAUAGAUCGUCGGUUGGUUGGAAGAAGCAAUGGUUUAUUUUGACUUCAAAGAAAUUGUUGCGUUGUCCGACUGUCAACGAUUCACCGGCAAGCGAGCUGGAUCUUUCCGAUCACGUACUGAAUGUGAUGAACGAUGGAAAAUACUUUUGUUUUGCACUCACAAAAAACACUGGCACUGGAAACUAUAUAUUCGGUACCGACGAUGAAGAAUCAAGACAAAAUUGGAUCUGUGCACUCACCAUUGCAUCGCAUUCACUCAACAUAACGCUGGAUCUAGUUGGAAUUGAAACGAUAUCAAUACCAACCAAUAGAAAGUCAAUCAAUGAUAAAGAGUUUGAUUAUUAUAAACAAAUACCCUCUGAUAUUAGAGUAUCACAUGUUUCAGAUGAUAUCUUGUUGUUUAGAUACAAGAUGGCUAAACUAUUUAAACAGACUUCGAAAUGGAUGUUUACAAACGAUCAUAAGCUACAUGCGGAAUUACUUAAACCAUAUCCAAUGGCAAUGAGUGAAUCACCGAGAGACAGCGUACUAGUUAAUAUCAACAAUGGAAAUGGUACUAGUAAUGGUCAUAGCAAUGGUAAUGGUCAUAGUAAUGGAAACGGACAUACUGCUGCCAGUAGUUCAUCAUCCAUUCAAUCAUCAAAGAGUAACUCUAAAGUAAAUCUACUCUCCGUGACCGUAGACAACUACUAUCAAAAGAAUAACUCUGGUCUUCAAGAUAUAAAGUUGGCAAUCUAUCAUAAUGGUUUAGUUAUUAAAUUCUUAGUGGAUAUUAAUCAAACUAUUGGAUCGGUUCUAUCGAUGAGACCUGAUCUUUUCGAUAACAAUCCAAAGCGGUUCGGUUUGAAUAUAUUGGGAUCGAUGGAACAUCUCUUCAAUCACUCAAUAGUACUGGGAGACCUACAAUAUGUAAGGAAAUGUUUGAGAUUUAGAAAGACUAUCAAGUUUGCAACGGUCGACAGUAAGUUACAAUCAAAGUUAUUCUACCCGAAUGUAAUGACCGAGAGGGAAUGGGGUCAAUUCUUUGGAAAUGUCAAUGCAUUUGAAGAUCUCGAUAGUAUAAGUGCUCAUGUAAUAAGAGGAAGGAAAUCACUACCGCCAGGCGUCGAAAAUACCAAGUUGGUAGUCACUAUCAACUCUGUAUCGAACGUUCAAACUCUGCUUCGUCAAUUUGGAGUAUCACAAAACAAUGUAACCAAAGUACCGUUAUCUGUGGAACUUGUUAUAUAUUAUGGCGAUUCUAUCAUUGGAAAAGGUAGAACAUCAUCACAAAUCUCUGGUGAGUGGAAUGAAAAGUUGUAUUUCAAUACAAAGAUUGUGGAUCUACCGAAAGAAUGUAUUAUAAUGACUAAUCUCUAUGGAAAGGUUGCGUCUGCCGAGCCAACACUGCUCGCUCAAUAUCCAUUGAUGUUCCUAAGUUUCGAUGGUAAGAAGUUGAUAUUCACAGAGUAUGAAUUACCUAUUAUACCAUUUUCAACAAAGUCAACGAUGUUCAUUUCAAACGAUCCGAGUGUACCGACGAAUUCGAUACAGAUCGAUCCAAACAAUAUUACGGCAUCGCCAAUGUUGAAGUUGCAACUCUCUGGACUUAGUGGUCAGUGUAUUUACUUUGAGGAUCCCGACUUUUCGCAAUCCGGAAAUAUCAUUGCACCGUCACUACCGAAUCAAUCAGAGAUUAUCAUCAUUGAGAGUGUCAUGAGAUCGCAUCGAUCGUUCAUAAAAGACAACGAUAAGUCAAUACUCUGGAAAUAUAGAUUCUACCUAAAGAAUAGUUAUCCGAAUAUCCUACCAUCCAUUUUAUAUUUCGUUUCACUUAAAGAAUAUCAAAAGAGAUAUGAAAUCUAUGAAUUAUUAAAAGGUUGGCCAUCUUUAGAUCCUAAAUUCGGUUUGGAAUUGUUAAGUUCAGAUUUCAUCGAUUCGAAAAUUAGAGAGAAAGGUGUUGAAUCAAUCAAUUCAUGGGAUGACAAUGAUCUUUCUUUAUAUUUACCACAAAUUGUUAAUUCAUUAAAAUAUGAAAGUGUACAUUAUUCACAAUUAUCAUGCUUCUUGGUAAAGAGAGCAUUGUGUAAUCCAUUCAAGAUAGGUGGUCCUUUGUUUUGGCUGUGUGCAAAUGAGAUGCAACAGGAUAAGAACAAUCCAAAGACAUUGUACUUGGCAAUCCGUUAUAAAUUGAUAAUGGAAGCACUACUCUAUGGUCUUGGUCUUUCACAAGCGCAACAAUCAUCAUUGGGCCAAUCGAUUCUACAGCAAUACCUGAUCAUUCAACUUCUCAAACAGAUUAAUCUCGACAUCAUUAAAGAUCCAGAUAGACAACAAAAGAUUCUAGAGACAAGAUUAGCAACAAUACCAAAACAAUUUACAUUACCAACUCAUCCAUUACAAGAAUUCAAUACAUUUAUACUUGAAGAAUGUAAAGUAAAAGAUUCAAAUGCAGCUCCACUCUGGUUGGUUUUCAACUCUGUUGUUAGAGGUGCAGAUGAUACAAAGAUUAUCUUUAAGAAAGACGAUGUUAGACCUGAUGAACUUUGUUUACAGCUAUUCUCUGUUAUGGAUAAAAUACUUAAAGAAAAUGGUAUGGAUUAUCAUUUCACUAUAUUUAAAUGUAUUGCUGCAGGUAAUGGUUUGGGUAUUAUAGAGGUGGUACCAAAGUCAGUGACAUUGGCAGACUUUGUUAGAGAACAAGCGAAAUUCAAGUCUAUUGAGGAGUGGCUACGUCAAAGAAAUCCAAACAGCACAGACUAUAUCGAUAUCUUUUUGAAAUCUUGUGCCGCCUAUUGUGUCGCCACAUAUAUACUUGGAAUCUACGAUAGACACAACGAUAAUCUAAUGGUUUCAGAUACAGGUCAUUUCUUCCGUAAGACUUCUUUAGCAAUUUAA